GCGUCAUCUGCCAUCUGAUAACGGCAGAUCUCCGUGGGUGACGAGGUCCUCUCGUUAUCGAGGCGAAUCAACGCUACACGCUUCGCGUUCCUUGUUCCAGUAGCUUGUAGAGGCGCACAAGAGGACCUCAAAGUGUUCCUGGUGACCGAUUUUAUUGUUUCAUUUUUUUGUAAUAAGAUCGACAGUCAGCGGUGGUUGUACACAGCUGAGCAAAGCCAAAGUGUGUGUUUAUACGAAGGUGAGGGUUCGUGGUGUCCAGUGAUUGUAGUCACUCACCUUUUUAGACAACCGAAAUCCCUCCCCUGCGGGGAUGUGUCGGUAGCGAUAGCAAUCCGCGUAACUCCGCCCGUCAAGGACGGCAGAGCCCCCGCUACACAGAACGUCCGGACCAAGAUGGCAGUAAUAAAAUGGCACCUCUUUCCGUGUGCGCAAUGUAUGGCGGAUUCCCAAAACACGAAUAAUCAUACUGGUGUUGCGCUUCUCCGCAUGGUGGGUAACUCCUUUGGUGCCCACACACCGGUCAAACCAGCAGCUGCAGCAGCAGUGGGUGUCGCCGGGUGUGCCUUGGGGAAGUCACGAGCAGACAGAGAGCUACCAGUGCCGCCGGUGCGUGUGCUGUGUUGUGUUGGUCUCCAACGUUUAUGGUUUGUUUUGAUCUCACUGAAGCACGCGCGGCGCUCUCUCUCUCUCUCGCUAUCUAUCUUUUUCUCUCUCUCUCGUUCUGCGGCUCUCUCACUCUUGACAGCAAAAUAGUAGCUCGCUUGCACCAACACCAAUAUAUCGGCUCAGACAUGCUGCGUGUAAGGGCCUGGAAUGAUACGGAGCGGAUCGCUGGGUAUAUGUCCGUUGCUGCUGUGCUGUUGCUACGAACAUGACCUUAAAAGAAAUGUGUGCGCUUCGCUUGAUGUUUUCUGUUUGUGUGUAUGUGUAUAAAUUUGUCUCUCUUUUUUUUUCUUCUGCAACACAUUUUGAUACAAUCUCGCAAAGCAGCGCUAGUAGUGUUGUGGUGGUGGUGACUACUGAAUAAUGAUGGCAUUAGCUUACGGCACUCGCGUUUCAUGCUUGUUUCUUUUUGUUUUUUUUUGUUCAUUCCUUUGGAUCGAUCAUGGUGGCGACAUGACCCCGCAGGGUAUUUAUAUCACCCGACGGGGGUUGUUUUUACACUAAAACUAGAGCGGAAGGAAAACGGAAGGGUUUUGCAGCAAGCGCGCGCGGAUUGGUUUCACACACAUUCGUUGCGAAAAUAAUAACACCGCCGCCUGUGUUUGGGUCGUUUAAUUGGUUGUAACUCUGGCAGCUUAAUGGGCGCAAAUCUGCCAAGCGGUGAUGGGCCUGCCCGUUACCGGAGACGACGUCAUCGUGGACGUUUUUUUUUUCUCCAAUUCACUUGAGAAAUGGUAUUUUUAGCACGUAUAUCUUCAUGAUAAUGCUGGAGUUUCGAAUUUUGGUGAAACAUUUGGUUUUGAAAUGGUUGGAUGUCUCUUAACCAUAUCUCCUUUAGCUCUUACGUCGCUUAUCGCGAUGCUAGUUUGCAUUCGCACAAUUCGCAGUGCCUCAAAUCGACUGUUUUGAACUCCUACCCCUUUCCCGUAGGCCCAAAAAAGUACCAACUCAGACACACAGACAUACAGCGGUAAUUUCUCUCUCUCUCUCUCUUUCUCUUUUUCGCUCUCUUUGAGAGUCCAGAAGCAGCAAAAUCGUUGCACCGCGUGUCUCUCGAGACCAUCUUCGCUGCGAAAGCCUGCAAAACCACCUCUCGGCGGAAGCGGAAGGAGCUGCGAGGCGCAAUGAGAGAGUGUGUGUGUAUGUCUCCGUCUAAUAGGCUAGCCAGAUAGCAGUGUGCGUGUGUGCAGGUUUUGGGAAUGCUUCGGGUUCUCUCGUGCUCAGCGCUGCUUCACAACCGGCGCGUGACGGUGGAGUAAGCGACGUACGCGCGGUAUAUCUGAGGGGCGGAAAAAAAAAAAUAACUAAGACAAAGCUUCCCCACUAACGCUCAUUUGCAUCGGGUCGCCGUGCGCACACCCUGCUGCCCUGCUGCUGUGUGUAUGCAGCUGCGGCCGAACCUCCGCAACCUGUUCCCCCAAUGUUCCCCCUAGUCGCCCUUUUCGUCGGAUAGGCGUAGUCGCAGUCCCUGCACCCUACUACAAACUCACAAACACUCACGGCGAGGUGAGACUAUUAGUGCCUUCCGCUGUGACCGGCUAGUGCUUGGGAAGAGCAACCCUCGUCCACUUCCCCCACCCCUUGCCGGGUGAUGUUCUCUGGAGUUGGGUGGGGACGUUUCGUUCCGUGGUCGUUGGUCGUUAGAGGGGUUUUGAGAUUUGGCUGAGGAGGAGCGGUAAGGAAAGGAGAGUUUAUUUCGUGCCCGAGCACACUGAUCAAGCUAAUGAUAACGAUCCAUAAAUUAAUUGCCUAGUUGGCUCUGCCUGCGAGUGUGUGUGUGUGUGUGUGGAUUGGAGGUUUUCACUGGUGGUUUGGUGUGGUGGUGCUGCAAUCUCCAAUAUUUGCUUCCGAGAUUGUCCUACUAGUGUGUGCGCGUAAGUGGGUUGGCGGGGGGGCAGACGCUCAAGUUGCAAUCAGGCGCGGCAAGUAUGUAUCGAGAGCACAGCUAUCGCCACCCCCUGAGCAGUGCGGUGGGUCUUACAGCUCCCUUCAAUCGCAUUUACAAUUCAUACCCUGAUGGUCAACCCCCCCCCAGCUCCGUAACUGUUUGUUGGGUACACUCAAACUCACAGACACUCGUGUGUGUUGAGUGUGCCUAAAGGGUCGAAUCGAAUUCCUCGGGCACACAAUUUUCGGUUGUUUCGGCGGAUGGAAUUUGGAAAGUCAUGUGCGUACCGACAGCGGGUGGUGACUCAAGAUACGAUAAAGGUUGUCGGGAACCAGAUAAGAAUGGAUGGUUUUACGUCCGACCUGGCUCCGGUAGGACUUCGGGAGGUUAGGAAGUGUAAAAGGUACCAUGGGUAGACUAAAGAGUUUGUUGGAAGUAGUUGGUAGGAAGUCUACAUGUCAUUAACAAGUCUUGAACCUCUUAAACACUGUGAUAGCGUGGAUAGUUGAAUAUCAAUCACAUAAUCAAAAUGAAGAUGGCAAACAAUAAAAACGUUUUACGUCAAUGUUUUCUCACCGUCAUUCAACGACUCCUAACGUUUCUCCGUCUAAUGAAGAGCAAUAACUGAAACUGCUCGGGGUUAGUUCGCUAGUCUCCACCGUACAUACACUAUCAGAUCGAUUGUCUGAGAGCAUUGAUCGAUAUGAAGAGAAAAAAAAAAAAACCCUGAAGAAGAGGAACUAGAUCGAGGCGGCGGCGUGUGUCUGAGAGGGAGUGUGUAUAUGGUCCCACCAGGGAUUGUUGCACAAGUAAUCAUUGGUAUGCUUCACCGCUACAUCUCUCAGCUACAGUUGGGUAGCGCUCAAGCCCCCCUCCCGGGAAACCUUACUGUGUGUGCCAGCACUCGUUGCAUGGGAAAAAACGCGAAAAACUAAGGCAGAAAAGGCCUCCAUCCUCUAGUAGUAGGCCGCUCCGCUCGUGUAUGUGUGUGUGUGUGUGUGCGCGAACCGGGUCUAGAAGGUUUAUAACAGAUUGGACAACUUUCCAGCCGAUACCGAUGUUUGGUGUCUCUUUUUCCGCUCUCGCACGCGCACGUACGGGCUGGGUCGGCAAAAUGGGACGUCAAUUGAUCCGUGUGGCUGCCACCACCUCUCUGCGCAAUUGUGUCUGUGUGUUUUGCGUGUGCGUCGUUUGUGCCGGCCUCCCGCACCAAAUGAUCAAGUGACCAGAGCUCGAUUUUCAUUGCUCUCCUCGCAACGUGGAGUUUCGCAGCAAACGGGGUACUCACACUGAUGGUACACUUGAUAAAGCAAUAGGUAGCGGUUCCGAUCUCUGGGCAGCAGAUUUUCUUUUAAGAGGCCUGUAGUGUAGGCUCCAUUUGGUUGUACUUUGCUCCGCUUGCGAAUAAGCUGAUGCUCUCUCUCUCUCACACACUCUCUGGAUGUUUGAAUAAUGGAAAUUCCGAUAGCGACAACCUUGGCAUGGCAACAGCAUUAAUGUUCUGUUUAAACAGUAAUUUGGUUUUAGUCUUCUAUUCUUCAUCUCUUGAUAUAUUCCAGAACUCUGGAAUAAGUUUCGAACAGUGUUAAUGAAAUAAAACAGUGAAGUCAAACUUCCUGGGAUUCUACAGGUUAGAGAGACCUUUGUCAUUUGGAAACUAAAUCAAAGUAACACAUUGGAGAACAUCCAAAACACCAAGUGUUCAACUCAAGCUCUGAUAUUCUUUAACUCUUCUUAUAUAAUUUAGGCAGUCUAGCAGCCAAUACAUUGCUAAUGAUAAUGUACCAGACAUUAAGACGCAGAUGACAAUUGUCCAAUGAUGAACGAUCAACUCAAUGUCUCCAUACAAUCAAAUAGCUAAAACAAAUCUGAAUUAGGAACUGCAGCCAUACAGCUUCCUUGAUGUCUAAUCACUGGUAAGCCACGAAGGUCAUUGAUUCCAAAUGACCACAAGCGAUGUUUGAUUCAGAGCUGCCAUAUACCUUCUACAAGAUGCACAUUAGGCACACGUGCGCUUAGAAACCGCAAAACGAAAUGAUGGAAGAUUUGGCUUUUGAAGCAGCAUUUUUCCCUGCCGAGAGUUCGUCGACUUUCGAAACCUAUUUUCUUCGCCACCGGUUGUUUCGCUCACCAAAAACGCCGGCAUGUACUCGCUCACCACCCUAGUUACCGUUUUGCGGCUGCCAUUUUUCCACCAUUUCCGAAUUCCGAAGGAGACGACGAACCUUUGCCACGUCGUCGGAUCGUUCGCUGGUGGGGGCUGUUUAGUUUCAGGAUGGGCCUUGGAAACAGACGCGGACACUUCCGGCCAGCGGGUGGGAGCUGUAGCCCCUGUGACAGCUGUCAGUGAUGCAUUGUGGCGGCGCCUUUGCGGACAGCCUCCCAAAUCUCCCCAACAAAAGCGAUGGGGUGGAGGGGGGGGCGGUACGAAUAGUGCUAAGAAAGUUCGUAAUGAAAGUGGCCAUUAUCGUGUGCCUCUUCCACCCCCUUCCCUAUUAUAAACUGACUUAAAAAUACGAAGUGGCCACAAAUCGGCCGAAAAGAAAGCGGCGGACCGGCUGUAUCGCAUAGCCCUGUCCCGCGACCCACCUUCGUUCGCCAUCUUGUCGCGGUUUGUGUUGUGUGCGUCUGUGCCUCCGUCAGCCAUAUUGCUUCCGAUUGCGUUGGCCGACCAUCAUCAUCGCCACGGUAGGGUAUGGUGAACGUGUUCCGUUUCGGGGUAGCCUUCUGUUGCUAUUUUUUUUUCAUUCUAUCCAAUCCCCUUCCCCCCAUCGCCUCCGCUGCUGCCACACCUUUGCCCUGCCGGGGCUGGAAAUUGAAUUGUUUGUGCUUUUGCGUCCCCGCAACCGUAUCGCGCCGCGUUGCAUACAUUAUAGCACACAAGUAUCUCUUUAAACGCGACACAAAUAUGGAAGCGCACACACCACGGGUUUGAUUCACUCGGUCUGGUGGUGGCCCCCCCCCUGCAAAUGGGCCCAACCACUGCCUUCAGUGUGCGAGUGUGUGUUAGGGCACUCGGUGUGCGGCAGUUUGUUGUGCCUACACUUCGCCAACUGGAGGAGGGCGGCCCGUGUCCGGCGCAGAUAGGUUUGAUAGUGUUUUGCUCACGGGCUCACUGGGGGUUUCGCCACGAUCGCUCCACACCGCCGCGAGCUCUCCCUCUCUCUCUAUCACAUUCUCUCUGGAGCGGAGAGAAGCGAAAGAGCCUAGCACACAUAUGGAGAUUAAAAUUGCGCAAAGUGUUAAGGAUCAAAGCGAUGGCCCGAGCAAAAUGGGCAAUAAAAAAGGUCUCGGCGAGGAGAUUGUACGAUGGAAAGAUAGAGAGAGAGAGAGCCUCUUUUUGUGUUAUACUGCCGACGUGUUUCGUCUGCGGCGGGUGCGUGUACGCUGCUAACGCUCUCUCUCUCAAUUGAGCAGCGAACCGUUGCCGCCGUCUGUCCCGAACAGUGAUCGAAAGGGGAAAUUGUAGUACGCGAAACAUCAUACACAAUCCACACACACACACACACACACACACACACACACACACACACACACACACACAGAGCUAAAUCGAAGCCGAACGAUGCAGUUCAACUGUGUGUUUGUGUGUUAAAAUGUGAUAAUGUAGGUAUUUAAUAGAACCAUAUUAGGCACAUACAAUGAGUUUUUGUGAUCGGUUUAUUUUUCAGCCAUCAUCAAAUGCGCUUCCGUCAUUUUGUUUUGACAGUUCCCAUGUUCCCAACGGGCGCGCCUUAUCAACAGCUCGUUAUCGAUCUUAUCGAAAUGACAUAAAUUUAUAAAUUUGUAUAUAUUCGAUUGCUUGUUCGGUGAGGUGUGAUUGCAAAUGGAAGCAGCCCUUAGUGUGAGCAAACUAGCGCCACUGACCAGUCGGCCAAAUGCCGUACCAUGCUGGUGUUGGUGUACGCGUGAAGGCGCACGCCUGCGUCGCUGCGUGCUCGCCGCUCUCUGCGUUUUACUUUCUCAUUCACACGCGUGAGCUAGACAGGGAUAGGGCACAGACGUAUACACGCAUACACAGGAAAAAAAAAACAGGGGAAAUAAAAAUAUACAGCCUGCUAUAAUGAAAGAAAGAGAAACAAUAAAGGAGAGAGAGAGAGAGAGAGGGAGAGAGAAUGACGGUUGUGUGGUUCCGCACACGUUGUCAACCGGGUUCGGUGCUGUUGUGUUUGUGUGUAAAGUCAGUCUCGUCCCGAUCUCUCGGUGUGCGAAGAGAAGAGAAGCAGUUAGUCCAGUGUUGAAGUGUAGCCUGCCCGUGACGACGACGACGACGACGACGGCUGGUCGGGCACGAAAGGGCACCGAUUUUAUACAUCCAAGCCUCACAGCUCAGCUCUUCCUGCCUUCCCCCCCCCACUCCCCCACCGGUCCCCCAGCUGGGUUGGGAAGCUUGCGGCCCGCUUCCUCUCGUCCGUGCGGCGGUGUAGUACCUCGUGUCAAAAACAAUCAAACAGACAAACAAACAAACAAAUAACUUUAAUGAAAAAAAAAGAAGAAGCAGAAAGAAAUCGACAAGCAGCAGUGCGGCAGAGGAGAGGUGUUUGGACUAGUGUGCAGCUCGAGAAAAUUCACCCAGCAACCCUCUCUCGCCCUUUGCCACACCGCGCGCGUUAUCUCUUGUGUCUAUGUGGGGUUGUGUGAAAAUUCUUGUCUGCGCGGGCUUUACACGCUCGACAAGUACAAGUGGGUACACUACUGCAUGCUGUGUGUGUGUGUGUGUUGCUACAUGCUACGCCAAUUUGUCGCCAUUGAACAGGCCGUUUUAGGUUUUGUUUGUUGGUGGGUGCAAUAGACGCGUAUCAUGUAGGUAGCCGCAGUUGUCAAAUCAAACGAACGUCUAGUGUGGUGUCGAGCUCGAGACCACGGGAGCAACCAGUACCAAAGGGUGUGAAGGUGGUGGCGGCGGUAGGGGGAACCGCAGGAAAACGAUUUUGUGCGUGUGUGUGUAUUGUGUUGGCUUUGUCGCUAUUUGACGUAGUUGUCGCGCCUCAUCUCGAACCCGCGUCACGUUACCGAAACCGAGAGAGCGCGAGAAGGCAGAGGACUCUGAAUCUCGAUCAUCGUGCUCGCGUCGCUUCCACAUCGACCCGGCCAAAUCGUUUGUUACCGUUUGGUCGCGUACGAAGCGCACGGAGCAAAAGGAGGGAGCCAUGUUGUCCAUACGAUGUCGGCCGGUACGCAGCUGCAGAUGGCACCACAAACAACAAUAGUACAACAAGUUGGCCAAGUCGACCAAACUGCAUCACACCAUCACCAUACGUCGCAUCAUCUCCAGCAGCAGCAGCAGCAGCAGCAGCAACAGCAGCAACAAUCGCAUCAUCAUCAUCCGCAGCACUUUAACAGUGGCAAUCAGCAGCAGCAUCAUCAGCAGCACCAGCAAGUGGCAACGGUGCUGAGCUCGCACCAGCAGCAACAGCAGCAGACGUCGGCUGCCGCCGCGGCAGCAAUUGCCGUUGUCCUGGGCGGUGGCGGCAGCGGUAACGGCGGCGGCGGCGGUGCGGGCGGUGGUGGUGGAGCAGCAGCAGCAGCAGCAGCAGCAGCAGCGGGCAGCAAUAACGGCGGUACGGCGACGGGCAGCAGCAGUGCCAAGAGCAGUAGCGGCUCCCUGGCGGACGCGGCCCAGCCGACGACAACCACGACGACGACGACGGCCGGGGUGGCGGUAGCGACAGCCGGCGGCACGACGACGCCCGCCCUGCAUCCUCCCAUCCCCGUCGGUAGCGGACUGCAGCAGCAGCAUCACGCCCAUCACACACACCAUCACCACCACCAGCAGCAGCAGCAGCAGCAGCAGCAGCAACACCAUCAGAACAACAACAAGGAUCAGGACUCGAACAUGAGCACCGGCUCGUCCCACAGCGAUAAGGAGCAGGACGCGAUCAUGAUGAGUGCGGUGGCGGCCGGGCUGGCCAUCGGGUCGACGCCCCCCUCGGAGAAGGUGUCGCGGGCGGCGUCCGAGCGCAAGCGCAAGCGGAAGGCGCCGGACGACAAUGGCGGCCCGGGCGGAGGCGGCGUCGGGGCGGGAGCGGGAGGCGGAGGUCAUUUUCGUGAUAGUAGAGAUAAUAUAAAGGGUCUGCGGCUGACGCUGCCGCCCCUCAGUGAUAAUAAGAAGAUAAACGAUUAUUUUUCUAAACACCCGGGGCUGCCGGCCGCCGCGUCGUCCCCCCGCGUGUCCAGUAGCACUAAUAGCCCGUUAGUCGGUGGCAUCACCACCACGAUCACCGCGGUCGGCAGCGGGGGCAGUGGUAGCAGUGCCGCCUCAGCCGCCGCCGCCGCCGCCGCUGGCAACACUGCCGGCGGCAGCAACAGUAGCGCGUUAGGAGCAAUAUCCAAUAAUUCGCCGCACGUGGAUCCCGGGGGUGGCGGCGGGACGACCGGCAGCACCGCUGGCAGUGGUACCGGCCCUGCCCGCAAAAGCCCCAACCCGCAGUAUCCCAUGUACCCCCCUAGUCCACAGACGACGCCGCUGCUGCCGGUGGGCAGCAAUGGCAACAACAACAACAACAACAACAACGGCCACAAUGCCGGCGGCGCUGGUGCCGCGUCGGACCUGUUCACCACCGGCGGCAGCAGUCGAACGCAGCGGCAGCAGCAGCAGCAGGCGGCGGCGGCGGCGGCAGCGGCGGCUGCGGCGGCCAAUGCGGCCGUCUCGUCCGCGCCCUCCUCGCCGUCGGUGGGCAACAACCCGGCCAGUGGCAACAACGCUUCCGUACUAGUUCCUCCAUCCGUCUCGACCGCCAUGUCGGCGGCGGCGGCGGCGGCCGCGGCAGUCGAGGCGGCGAAACAGGCGGCCGCCACCUCCACCCCGUCGGCGACGACGGUCCUGUCGCCCAUCAUAACGCCGCUGGUCAGCACGGCGGUGGUCAGCACGACCGGCACGGCCGGCUCGGGCGUCUCGCUGCAGCAGCAGCAGCAGCAGUACCAGUCGGGUAUCGUGCUCGUGCCCAGCAACAACAGUACCACCUCGUCGCUCAUGCACCAGAAGCCAACGGCAGCGUCGGCCGGUCAGCAGAAGCAGCAAACCGGCGGCGGACAGCAGCAACCGGCGUCCGCCGGCUCGACGCAGCAGCGAGAUUCUCAGGCCCAAACGCAGCAGUCGGCCGGUGGGGCGACGAACAACCACCAGCUGGCGUGCAACGCCUCCACGCCGGGAACGGGGACGACGGCGCCGAGCAACUGCAAUGCGGCGGGGGCCGCCACCGCCGACCACCACCAUCAGCGCGUGACGCUCGUGUCGUGCAACACGAGCAGCAACAGCAGCAGCAAUGGCGGGGCCGCCGUCGCCGUCGCCGCGACCGGGUCGACCACGCCCAGCGGCGGCGACCUGACGAGCAGCGGGAUCGGCAGCACCAACGUGCCGCUGACCACGACCACCGCGGCCACCUCGACGACGAGCAACAACAGCAGCAUCGGGGCCGGCGCCCAGAACAGCAAUUCCAUACUCCAGCUACCGGGCGGUGCGGUAGUCACCACCACCAAGUCAAUUGGGCAGAAGCUGCAGCAGCAUCAGGCAACCACCACCUCCUCCUCCUCCUCCACCAACACGACCGGCGGGCAGCAGAGCGACAGCAGUAGCAACAAUGGCGGCAACUUUGGCAGCAGCAAGUUCGGCCAGCAGCAGCAGCAGCAGCAGCCGGGCGGCGCAUCCGCCUCGACCGGCACGGCCCCGACCACGCCGACCACGCUGAUGCUGACCAAGUUCGUGCAGACCGACCUGACGCAGGCGGACAUUACCGAGCGGGACCACGACUUCGAGAGCAGCCGGACGCGGGUGGACGAGCUGUCCCGGCUGUCGGACGAGCAGAAGUGCCAGCUGAGCGUGCACCAGAAGGCGAUCGAGCAGCACAAGAGCCAGAUCAGCAAGUGCGUCGAGGUGGUGAAGAAGCUGCUCAAGCAGAAGAGCAACAUCGAGAAGAAGGAGGCGCGCCAGAAGUGCAUGCAGAACCGGUUGCGGCUCGGGCAGUUUGUGACGCAGCGGGUUGGCGCCACCUUCCAGGAGAACUGGACGGACGGGUACGCGUUUCAGGAGCUGGCCAAACGCCAGGAGGAGAUCACUGCCGAGCGGGAGGAGAUCGACCGGCAGAAGAAGCUGCUGAUGAAGAAGCGGCCCACGAACAGCGAGGGCGGCCGCAAGCGCAACAACUCGUCGGCGACGGGCGGUGGUGCGGGCGGGACGGGCGGGGCCGGCGAUCGGGGCGGCACCGGGCCGGGCAGUGCGGGCGUCGGUACCGGCGCCGUCGUGGCGAUGGGCAGCGGCGGCGUGGUAGGUGCCAGCGCGGGCAGCGUCGGCAGCGGGGGCGGCGGGUCGGCGCUGCACAACGGCAACGACAGCACGUUCCUGAAGCCGGACCCGGUCGUCAGCAGCAGCAGCACGUUCACGCUGCAGGAGUACUACGAGUGCGACGAGAUACUGAAGCUGCGCCAGAGCGCGCUGAAGAAGGAGGACGCCGACCUGCAGCUCGAGAUGGAGAAGCUCGAGCGGGAGCGGAAUCUGCACAUCCGCGAGCUGAAGCGGAUACACAACGAGGAUCAGUCACGCUUCAACAAUCACCCGGUGCUGAACGAUCGGUACCUGCUGCUGAUGCUGCUCGGCAAGGGCGGCUUCUCCGAGGUGCACAAAGCGUUCGACCUGAAGGAGCAGCGGUACGUCGCGUGCAAGGUGCACCAGCUCAACAAAGACUGGAAGGAGGACAAGAAGGCGAACUACAUCAAGCAUGCGCUCCGGGAGUACAACAUCCACAAGGCGCUCGACCAUCCGCGGGUGGUGAAGCUGUACGACGUGUUCGAGAUCGAUGCCAACUCGUUCUGCACCGUGCUGGAGUACUGCGAUGGGCACGAUCUGGACUUUUACCUGAAGCAGCACAAAACCAUCCCGGAAAAGGAGGCACGGUCAAUCAUAAUGCAGGUCGUGUCGGCGCUCAAGUAUCUGAACGAGAUCAAGCCGCCGAUCAUCCAUUACGACCUGAAGCCGGGCAACAUCCUGCUCACCGAGGGCAACGUGUGCGGUGAGAUCAAAAUUACCGACUUCGGUCUGUCGAAGGUGAUGGACGAAGAGAACUAUAACCCGGACCAUGGUAUGGACCUUACGUCACAAGGUGCUGGAACUUAUUGGUAUCUGCCGCCGGAGUGCUUCGUGGUCGGCAAGAAUCCGCCGAAAAUCUCGUCCAAGGUGGACGUGUGGAGCGUGGGCGUCAUCUUUUACCAGUGUCUGUACGGCAAGAAGCCGUUCGGGCACAACCAGUCACAGGCGACGAUCCUGGAGGAGAACACGAUCCUCAAGGCGACCGAGGUGCAGUUCGCCAACAAGCCAACCGUGUCGAACGAGGCAAAGCUUUAUACGGGGGUGUCUCGCGUACCGGAAGGAGGACCGGAUGGACGUGUUCGCGCUGGCCAAGCACGAGUAUCUGCAGCCGCCCGUGUCGAAGCACAACCGGUCCUCCAAUGCGCAGAAUGCGCACGCCGGCGGCCAAAACAGCAGCAGCACCGGUACCGGUGCCGGUGGGGGUGGCGGCGGCGGCGGCGGCGGUGGCGGUGGAUCGGGCGGAUCGGGCGGGGCCGGCGGCAAUCAGAUCGGCCAGCAGACGUCCUUUUCCACCGGCAUGUUCGGCAACAUGAACCAGUCCAGCUCGUCUUAGCUAUUUUUCCACCACAGUAGCGGUGUGAGCAGCAGCAGGAAGGGCGGUGGGACCGCCGGUCCCGCCCUCCCACCCGGUGUAGCGGUGGCGGCGGCGGCGGCCGCGACACCUUCCACCUCCCUCGUGUCGGGCGCCUCUUCGAUCUCACCCUCGUCUCUGUCGGCGGUGGUCGCAUCCACCACCCACACCAACAACAACAACAACAACAACAACAACAACAACAACAACAACAACAACACCACCACCACCACCACUACCAAUACCACCGCUGCCACGGUCCCGUCUGUAUGUGCUUCCGCCAGCCCGACCCACCUGUCCCCGGGCUCGACGCAACCGCCACCGAAGGCAAGGGGUGGUGGGGAGGGCAACCAUCGAUCGGUGCUGCUGGUGCCACCGGUUCCAUCGGCACCGCCGGCACCGCAACCACCACCACCACCGCCACUGCCCCCGUCGUCGUCAUCGUCGUCGUCCGCCAUCGGUCGCGUGAUGAUGACAAACGGUGGCGGCGGCGGCGGCGGCGGCGACGCUAUCCAGCAACCGCCGAACCGGACGAACGAUCGCAUCGUACUGAUGACGGCGGCCGAAUCGGCCGCCGCCGCACCACCGGCUGCCAGCUUUUUCAGCGUGCACGCCAAAAAAGGCAUCAUCAUUCCGUCGCCCCUCGGCAGCCGCGCGGCGAACGGUCGGCGUCUGCUGCACGCCGCCGCCGAGGAGCUUGCGUCCAGCGUGGUGUCAUCGUUCAACCACCAGGCAGCGGCGGCAGUGCCGACUCGGUGCGGCCGCAAAAGCAUCAUCAUAAAGCAGCAGCAGCAGCAGCAGUCGCAGCCAGGCCAUCCUCAGCUCAACCUCACCAAUCAAUCGCUCCUGCUGCGCCGUCAAACGAACGCGAACAAGCAACAGCAGCAGCAGCAGCAGCCGUUGUUACAGCUGCAACCGCUAGGCGACGAACCCCUGUCCAACCACUAUCAGGUGGGCGGCGGCAACAGGAACGGUUGCAGCACUGCCAGCACCACCACCACCAGCGUUCUGCUGCAGUGCAACAGCAUCAAUCAACUCGCGGGGCUCGCCGUGGCGAAGGGGGUGGUGAAGCGCCAGCAGCAUCUACUGCUGCUGCGGGGCGGCGGUGGGGCCAGCACGCCCAACAGCAGCAAUAUGUUACUGCCGCCAGCGACGCCACCGGUUCCCUCCUCGUCGCCACCGCCCUCCACCAGCUCGUCCUCGAUUGUGGCGGCAGCGACGGCGGCAGCAGCGGCGGCCGCCGCCGCCCAUGCCCUGCUCGCCGGCCGACGGCACUGGCGAACGGAAUAACCGCCAGGCGCGCCAACUGGUGUGUGUGUGUGUGUGUGAGAGCGAGCUUAGAUUUGUAGGACUGUUAGGAGAGCGACAAAAACACACAUUCCCUCCCCCUUUUCACCCACCCGAACACAAACUCCAAUUACAGAUGCGACCCAGCGACCCAGCGAGAUGGUAGGUGGCUGCCCGUCGCCUAGACUAGACUCUAACCCAUUUGUAAAUAGUUUCGUUUGCCCGGCGUGUGUGUGAUGGUAUCGCUUGGGGUCGGUGUUGGUGAGACUCACGCUUACUAGCUAUCCUAACCCAUUCUCGUUACAGCCGCGGCACGUUUUCGAAUGUCGUUUCGAAGGGAGGGGGCACGGCCGUGAGCACGGUGAGCGACGAUCCUGUGUCUCCCCAUCCACCCCUCCUCCAUCUCAUAAUCGCCUUUAAGUGCCAAAACCCCCGCCCUGACCCGCGUAGAGCUUUUAAUUAUACAUAUACACACACACGCACACAUUAUUAUACCUUUCUCCGACUGCGCGAGCAAUAGAAUGUGUUGAGGAGUGUAUUUUUUUUUUCUUUUUUCAAUUUUUCAUCCAAAUGAGGUACCGUUCUUCGUGGAGCACGGCCUGUCUCUUGAUUUGCCUUCUUUUUUUAUUUUAUUUUUAUUAAACCGUCGUGUUUGUAUCUUACACCCACAAGUGUUCCGGCAGUUGCGCAAAGUGCAGUUUGCCGCAUUUAGUUUUUGUUCUACUUUUCCACUCCACACACACACACACACACGUUACUACGGUGUUGGUAAUGUUAACGAUAGCAGGGCAUUGAGAAGGCGAUAGUUUUGCAUCGUUUUUUUUUAAGUGCGAGUGUGCGGGAGGUCCUCAUGUAAAGCCGCAGCCGUUUUGUGCAGCUUUUUAAACAUGUAUUCCUUCUUUUUGUUGUAUGUUUGUGUUGAACUAAUAUACCUUUCCCCCCCCGGCAAAGCAAUAAGUUAGGCGAGAUGCACUUUAUUUUGUCUCGCUUUUGUUCCCGUUGACGCUGGUUGAAAUGGGCGCGCGCGCGCGCAUCGGAAGGAAACUCGACUGCACACGCGUAUUUUUUUUUUUUUGUAGCGGUAGGAUACGAUCGUUGCCGUAGUAAGCUCACACAAUAUCAGUAACGGUUGGCGAUAGGAUAAGCGGGGUGGCGCGAACAUACCAGCACAUACACACGAACCCGCUCGGGGAAUGACGACGGAAUGACCGUAUGAAUCCGCCAAUCCGCGGCAAGCAGUGUAGGCAAGCAGCAACGAACCUGUUGCUGGACUAGGGGUGGGGACGUCUCGGACACGUCUUUCGCUGCCGCAAAAGGGGGACGGUAGGAUGCGGAACUGUUUUCCAGAAGUUAGGAAGAAUUAAUUUUAGCGUUUCGCGUAUGAACGGAACGCACGCAUGUGCGUGCAACACGGUUCAUAGCACUGUGUACAGAAGCAGCGGGCGGUGUGCCGCAGGAGAAAGGUGUAGUUUUAAGUAAUUAAAUGUAACGACAAGUAUCUACUCGGAAUUAGGGUUUUUUUUUCUUCUUCUUCUUCUUUGUAUAAAUUGAAACGUGAUUGAACCCCUCCCGAAGGGGCCGCCAACCUGUAUCCUGUCCAAUCCCUGCCUCCUUCCGCGAUUCCCUUUCUUCAUACACACACACACACACACACACACACACACACACCUUCUUUCUCACGCAUCUCACCCCUCUACAAACUCCACUACUAAAUUGUACAGAUUUAAAAUAGCAAAGCACAGUGGAGGUAUGUAAGGAAACUCGAGGGAAAAGGGGGUGAAUAUUAGUUCCCUAGCAAAAGAGAAAGCGAGAAAGAAAAGGAAAGAGAGAGAGAGAGAGAGAGAAAGAGAGAGAGAGAGAGAGAGAGCGAGCGAGAGAGAGAGCGAGAGAUAGCGAUUUAACCUGCACGAGACAUAAUUUAAGCGCAUGAGAUAAAACAGUUUUUCGUUUAUGCAACUUCUUUUUUUUUUUUUAAUAUUAAAAUAUAAAUUCGUUUAAUAGCAGCCCAGCAGGUUCAUCAUAAUCUCUUGGGGGGGAGGUGGGGUAGGGAAGGGGAGUGCGCCUGAUGUUUUAGUGUAGCGCGCCAUUAGUCCGUACAUUGCUUCCCACUGUUUGACGACGGCGACGGUGCCGUUGUUUCUUUGGCCCCUGCCCAGCCUAAUGGUUAGCGUAACGUUAGCCGUGUGAGUGAUUUAAACGCGUGACACGUUGCGUGCAUUUCCAGCGUCCCUAUACAAACGAGGGGGGGAGGGGGGGGGGUCACGAAUUGCUAGGGUUGUCUUCAUCGUCUCGGUCGAAUGUGAAAUUUUGUUUGCCGUUUUUUACGGUACGGUUUCUCCGUGAUUGAAAAAAAAAUCAAAAAACUCUUAUCAUCUUGCAUGUCCAAGCCCGAGGGCUGUGUGGUGUUAACUACCAGCUGCUACAUGCUUCCUACAAAAAUACACGUACACACACACGCGCGCGCGCAUACACAAACGUGACAAAAAUUGAAGCAAUUUUGAUAACCGACAGAACAGAAAAAGCAAGCAGAGAGAUAGAGAGAGAGAGAGAGAGGAAAUAAACGCAAGAGCAAUGUCAUGAAGGGAGGGAAAAAACACACACACACAAGAAUGUGUCCGCCAGUCCGAAAGUGGAAGUAUGUUGUCCCACGAGCUUUAAUCCAUUUUGAACGACACGUUACGCUAAAACCACGAAAGCAAUAGGAGUUAGAAUUCCCUCGCUCACAGAGCUGCGCGUUUCAUUUCCCCCUUUCUUGCGUUGCGCUGGUCGAAUGGUUGGUUGAACGCUUGCUUGAAGGGCUUGCGCGCAUAUAGGGUAGCGACUAAGCGGCAUUUAUGAUAUGCGAACGCGGCUCAAUAGAAUAAAAUAAGUUAGCAGCCGCCCUGCCUGGCCGUUGUUGCGUAGUUGCGUAGUUUGUUUUGCCUUACAGCGCGUACACUCGCUGGCGUGGUACGUAAACUAUUGAACAGGCUGACCGCCACCUAGCGGCGAAGAAUACGAUAUUUUGUUCAUUUCAACUGCUCCACUGGUCAACUUUCGCUUUUCGGCCAGCAAUAAUCGGGCUAGAUGUUUCGAAACAUUGUUAAACACUACCACACACUCGAGAAACCGGUGCAGCGUGUGCGAAACCUCUGUUUGAUAGCGAAAUUAAAACGUUUUUUUUUUUUGUUUCAUUUUAUUUCCUUUUCUUUUCCCCUCUUUCACGUCUUGGCAACGUGGCUAGCUUGUCGUGUCUCGCUUGGCGCGCUCUAAACGUCGUCGAGCGGGGAGGGCGGUCUAUUGGCAGCUUUAGCAAACAAUGCAAUGGAACCCCCCCUCCCCCCCCGCAUACAGUGAGCUUAAUAUAGGCACGGGAAAAUUACCUGUAAAUUGAAGGGAAAAAAAAUCUAUUCAUAGGGAAGGUGAAAAGAAUGUUUUUUUUUUUUUUUUAGCCCGAUUCAUUUUCUUCUUAACGCAAAAUCAUGUUUCACGAUCUCAACUCUAUGCGUUAGGGGACUUUUGCUUUAAAUAUUUUUUUUUCUGCAGAAAGCGGUGUCAUCUGCAUCGCAUUUCGGCAUUGCUCAUUCGUUGUUGGAGGGCUUUCCCGCUAGCCAAACGUGCAAACAGUAGAAACGCAAACACACACACGCGCGCGCGCGCGCACAUUGACAUUGUUUACUGUACCCAUAAGCACGUGGCGGUUUAGGGGCGAAAGUGAAAAUAAAUAAGUAAAAGAAAACAACAACCAAAUUACCACGACGCGCGUCAGCAGGCAAAUGCGCGAAAUGCAACAUAAUCACGUGUCACACCCACACCCACACACACACACACACACACAUACAUUUAAAAUCAACAAGUAAAGGGCAAUUCCCCUUGCGGGCGACCCGGGAGGGUGUGCUUAAUCAAAGACGGAAACUUAAACGUACCAGAGCGGCAGGCUGGUAGAGGCUGCGUUAGUGUCAACAGGAGAUUUAUAAGGGGAAGCAAGUAACGAAAAGAAAAUCCACACCACAGCACACCCAACAACAGCCUAUUAACUAUUGCGCGUAAUCUUUUCUCAAAACAACACAACAACAACAACAACAACAACAACAAAAACAAAAACCUAAGCAAAAGAGGCGAACGCGAAUGCGCAACGGGCAGAGCCGAACUGUAGGAAAUAGAGGAAUCACAACAUGCUCACUUACCUUAGCGAAUAAAGAAAGUAUCAAACUUAGUGGUUACAAUCAAAUGCAAAAAAAAAAUAACAACACACACACACACACAAUAGUACAUUCAAUGUGGGAAGAUUACACAACAACAAAAAGAAGUGAAAAAAAAACAUAUAAAAAAAAUCUGAAACAAAUUCAACCUGGCGAAUACGUAUGUGUGUGCGCGUGUACCAAGGGUCUGCAGGGCAAGUAGCGUAGUAAAAGAGAGAGAGAGAGAGAGAAAGAAGCAGGACACACGGAAGGAAUAUCUAGGAAAAAUCGUUACCCAAAACCGGGCAAGAUCGAAAAACACACACACAAUGCCGCACUCUCACUAAAGGGCCAAAAACAAAAAAAAAACUGGUUAAGGCAGAGCAACUAGAGCAAGACUUAAGGAAAAACAAGUACCGCGAAGCGAGAAGAAACCCCCUCACAUGGCCCCCACUGUAGGCAAAUGGGGGGAAACACGCGUGGACGACUGGAAUGAAGCAAACGAUGAUGCUAUAUAGCUAGGGAGAUGCGUUUAGAGGGACGUUGCCGAUGUUGGGGUAACGGGCCGGCACCGAUCAGUAAGCCACUGCGCUUUUGCUCCAAACUGUUUUGCAAUGCAUCGGGCAAGAGAGCGAGGCACGGCUCUGGUGUAAAGAGAUGACACAAAAACACACAGCACACACAUGAACCCCCCUCGUAAUGGUUUGCGGGCAUCGUUGCAAGGGUGGAGAGCGCGUUAAGAAGGAAGGAAAAAGGGAAGACGCAGCGAGUUUUAAAUGUGUAUAUUUAAAUUGUCAAGACUAGCUGUGGGGGUACGAGAGCGGGAAGAGGAGCGCCUAAGCGCGGGUGACCGGCCGAUUGGAAUGCAAAAAAAAAAAAAAAAAAACGAAAUAGGAAGUCAAAAAGGGGGGAAAGAAAAACCAACCAGGCUUAAGAAAUUAUGAUAAUGAUAAAUAAACUAUUACUGUAGCAAAACCCGUACGGCGGGGAAACCGUGCGCAAAGCAAGGAGGGGGGGGGGGACCGUGAGUGGGGUAACUCGCCCCGUCUCGCCCCCCUCCCCGCUCACCCUUUUCUGUUCGGCACUAGGCAGUGUUAAUGUUAACUCAGCUAAGUAAAUACCGCGGUUCUGGAUGGAGCGCGCGCGUGUGUGUGUGUGUGUAUGCGCCCUAUCCCCCCCGUUUCGUGGGGGAUGGGAGUGGGGAGAGCAGUGGUUAGGUGACGGGGCGCUACUACACUACUCAUCCCCGAAGGAAAGUUGUGCUGUGUUGGAAUAAUAAUAAUAAUAACGAAAAAAAAGAAACAGAAACAAAGGCAAAAACCAGCACUUGCAGCAAAAAAAGGGACGAAGCCAUGCGGAUAACCAAGCCGCACAGUGCAGGGGAGGUAGGGCAGGAAAAGCAACAAAAAUGCGUAAGAAAACUCAGCAAACAGCGAGGCGCGGUGUGAAAGCCGGCGAAAGGGGAAGAAGAGUGGGGAGACAGAAAGCGACAGAGAGAUAAAACAACAUUUAAUAAAUUUAAAGUAAUAAAUAUUAAAAAAUGGAAAAAAGAGAAGGAAACUAUUGAUUAGCUGAAGCAACAAACAAACAAACAAACAAACAAGCAGAGGAAAAAAAUCACAGACAGAUACGCCCGCUAGCGCGCAAGGAGAACACAGGAGAAGGGAGGCAAACGGAAAACAAGAGACACAGCGUGGGAGAAGCAUGGAGAGCGAAAACAAGCGAAUACAGAUAAAUAAUUAUAAUAAAUUAUUUAAGAUAUGAAAAAAUCUUCUAUAUGUAAUAUUAAUUAUUAAAAAAUUGAAAUAAAAAAAAAUAAAUAUUUAAAAAAUACCAA